AUGGAGAUGUGGUGCGAUGGUGUGCCUUUCAACAGCGACCGAUCCAUGACUUUGGAGACGUACCCUCUCAUUUCCAGCAUGGACUUCUUCGUGCGCCAGAGGCAGCAGAAUAAAUUGGUGUCGAGAUUAUUUUCUUGCCCAGGAUUCAAUACGGCUUCCUGCAAGAUGGACUUUUUACACGCUUGCGACCUCGGAGUAACAUCCGACUGGCUUGGGUCUUUGCUGUUUUACUUACAGAGUGAGAAGAUCCGAGGCCUGAGCAAACUCAUCCGAUGUGCCAGGCUGUACCAAGACAUCAAGGCACACUACGACAGAACUGGGGUCCAAGAUCGAUUGCCGAAGCUCCUUCCCACCAUGCUUCGUGAAGAGGAUCGAGGCAAGAUCAAAUCCCCCAAGUUGAGAGCCAAAGAAGGGGAAGCUCGAGCACUCGUCGGUGCUGCCAUGGAAUUGGCUACAAAGUAUUUGUCGCCAGCAAAGCCUGCUGAACAGGCGAUGUUGCAUGGCACAGAAGCUUUGCAGUCCAUAUAUGCCUGUCUCAGCACUGCAGCUUGGGACAAGGAAGUCUUCAGAGUUUCUUCCCAGAGGUUUCUUUUACUCUGGGGCAGCCUCGAGACUUACUUCGAAGUGGACAAGCUCUUCAGGGUUAAACCUAAAGCCCAUCAGCUGUUCGAAUUGGCCAGGGGCGAGGUGAACCCUAGCAAGACCUGGACCUACAGGGAUGAGAGCUAUGGGCAUACCCUAGCAUUGCUGGGCAGACGGCGUGGUGGCAAGUUUUCGAUGAAUGCUGCCGUGCUGAUUCUGGAGGCCGAGAACCAGCGGCGGCCGCACGAGGCAGCCGUUGGCUUGGACUCUUUGGAGGCCAAAUGCGUGGCUGCGGCAUUUGCUGUGGCAAAGGCCUCAGUAGUAUGGACGGAUGUCACUCCAUCGGGCACUGCGCCCAACGGUGGACGGUAUCGGAGAUCCGUGGUGAACUCCGCCGGAGUGCUGUAUUUCUACGUCGGAGGCAGCGCGCCGAAGUUUUGGACGAUCGACCUGCAGGCGGGCAGCCCAACCUGGUCUGACAUUACCCCCAGCGGCGAUCUGCCACCCACGGGACUUCCGAGAUCGGCAGUGAUAACUUCUGAUGACGUCAUGUGGCUUUUUGGGGCAGGAACGCCAAACUUCAAUGACCUUUGGAAGGUCGACCUGAAGGCCACGAUUGCCUUCACGGAGGUGUUCCCUCCCGGUGAGCUGCCUGCUGGACGAUCUGGCCACACGUCGGUGGUGACGAAGGAUGACGUCAUGUGGAUGUUUGGUGGAAGCGGCAGGAACGACCUUUGGAAGAUCGACCUGAAGGCUGCAACACCGACCUGGUCGGAAGAGUCCCCUUCCAGCUCACCGGGUGGGCGAACGCACCACGUUGCUGUCAUAACCUCUGAUGAUGUGAUGUGGAUUUUUGGCGGAUCAGGCAACACGAAUGACCUUCAUAAGAUCGACCUGAAGGCCACACCCCUGGCCUGGAACUCCGUCAGCCCUUCGGGCUCUCGACCCAGCGGCCGAAACUCCCACGCCGCAACGAUCUCCGCUUCGGACGUGAUGUGGCUCAAUGGGGGACAUGACGGCUCCACCUGCGUGACUUCGCUCUGGUGGAUCGACACGCAGGCCGCGAGUCCAACUUGGUCAGAACUGAGCCCUACGGGCACUCUGCCCACUGGCCGUUUCGCCCACCAAGUGCACUGGACCAAGGGGGUUCUCUGGCUUCAUGCGGGCAGCGCACAAGGAUGUAGUGGUCCCACCGACUUCACUGACAUUUGGUCGCUACCUGUGGGUCCGGAGGAAACAAGCACGACGACGGCUACUGCCUCGACGACGACGAGCAUCACUGGCACUGCUACUAGCACAAGCACGACAGGAACCAGCAGUAUCUCAACUACAACUACAUACAGCUCGACCAGAACCACCAGCACCACCGCAAGCAUCACGACCACAACCAGCGCCAGCACCACCGAGAGCACCAGCACCACAAGCACAAGUGCAAGCGCCACGAGCACCAGCUCGAGCAGCAGUAGCAGCAGCACCAGGACUUCCAGCACGACUACAGCGAGCACGAGCACCACCAGCACAAGCUCGAGCGUCAGUAGCAGCAGCAGCAGGACCACCACCACGACCUCCACGACCGCCACGACCACCAUGACCACCACGACCACCACGACAACCACGACCACCGCCACGACAACAUCUACCCCCACAACCACGAGCAGUGGCACCAGCACCACUGCAACCACCAGCACCACAACUUCUAAAAGCAGCAGCUCUAGCACUACCAGCAGUAGCCGGACUUCAACAACCAGCACCAGCAGCACCAGCAGUAGCACCGGGACGCGGACGGAGUCGACAUCGACCAGCACGAGCAGCAGCACCUCCGGCAGCGAUACCACGAGAAGCAGCACGGCAACGCUGUCCAGCACGACGAGCUCGGUGACAUCUUCAACAACGCAGACGUGGAGCAGCACAACUUCAACGCCGGGAAGUGCAGAGGAACUGGCUGAGCUGCAGCGGGAGCUUCUCCGUCAACGGGAGGCCGCCGAGGCCAUCGAGCGGGUUGAUGCCACAGAAGAGGCUUUGGUUGCCGAGUUUGCAGCCGCCUUGGAGUUGAACAGCAGCCAAGGCAUUUUGGAUGAAGCAUCAGCAGAUGUUGCCACAGGGCGCCUGAAGAUGGUUGCCUUCUCUCCCGCGGCUUUGGAUGGCAACGUGACGGUCAUCGCCGUCUCGAGUUCCGAGGUCGAGGUUUCACGUGUGGAGGUCUCCCCACAGGUGCUUGCUGAAGCUGCCGCAGAAAACGGUGUGUCCGGGCCCAUUCUACUCAGCAUCACCACCGUCGUCGACCCAGUCGCAACGAAGUUCCAGGACCGACGGGUAGAAGGAGAAGUCACGUCUCUGGUCAGCUCGGGCGUGGUGAGCAUCAACUUCCGCACGCCCGACGGCACAGGCCUGGAAGUGGACAGAUUGACCUCGCCUUUGCGCCUUGUGAUCCAAACGGACGAGAGGAACGCCAGCUGUGCUUACUGGAGCGAAGACGAAAAGCGGUGGUCCUUCCACGGGGUCACGACUUUGCCGGGCUCAGUGCCGGGCCAAAUUACUUGCCUCUCCAGCCACCUGUCGCUCUUUGGCGCUGUGAGCCAAGUCAUUUGGGACAAUGCCUUCCUGGUCCUGAAAUGCAGCACUGCUUGGGAGCUCUUUACCGCCGAGGGCUUCCAGGAAGCACUCGGCCAAGUCUCUGGGACCCACUGGCAGUCCUCACUCCCUGCCAUCUCCGUCUUCACCUUCCUUGGGCUCUUUUGCCUGGUGUUGAGUCGGGCGGCUUACGUCGACUGCAGGAGCUGGAAACUGGUGCCUUGGGAGGAAAUUGAGCCAGUGCUCUUCAAACAGACCACGGAGCCAAGUGAAGAAGAGGCUCCGAAGGGAUGGGCCUGGCGACGAGUGGCAGAGGUGAAGGAGUGGACUUUCUGGUGUGCAGGCAUCUGCUUCGGGAUCUCAGACAUCGCGGCUCUGAUCUUGGAAUGCAAGGCUCCAGAGGCAAGCGUGAAUCGCUGCAUCACGUCAUUGCAUGCUCACCGCAGCGGUGUGGCCAAGGAUAGCUUGGAAAUCAUCGUGCAGCCGGAUGACAGGUUCGAGUUGCAGGAGGAGCCAGUAUCCAAGCAAGUGACCCGCUCAGCAGCAAGGCGCAGCCGCUUUUCCCGACUUGUCUCGAAUGCCGUCGCCGACAGCAGCAUGAAUGGCUUCACCGUGGCCCUCCGAGACUUGGGUGCCCGAUGGAACGUCCACAUCCAUGGAGCCACUGCCGUGCGGUCCAUCCUAAAGAGCCGAUGGUAUGCCCGUGUUUGCCUCCUGUUUCCUGCCUUCCACCCAUGGCUCGCUGUGCUGCGACUCAGCAUCCUGACCUCCUACAAGGUGCGAGUCGCCCUGAUCUUCCUGAAGCUCUGUACGGCGGGUGCCACCAAUGCCGUGUUCUUCAGCAGUACAUCGCCUGCGCCGGGCUCGGAUCCAUCUUGUUUGCCCACGCAGAAUUUGCUGGAGCAGCUCGUGCAGAACACCGUCGUGGGAAUGAUGUCGGCGCUGCUCGGUGACUGUGCCAUCUUUACUCUCUUCUUGGUUCAAAACCGGAAGCCUGUGGAGAAGGACUGGACAGAAGCUGCGAAGUCCCGGCAAAUAAACGUGUGGAGAUGUCGGGCCGCGCUGUUUUGGUUCCUGUGGCUUCUCUACUCGACAUCAUGCCUGCUUUACGUCAUGAUGUUCUUGGCCACGUCCCGCCUCGAAGACGCACACGGCUGGUACUUGGCAACCGGCGUGAGUUUGCUGCAGGAUUUGGUGGUUCUACCUCUCUUCAUGGCCCUGUGCCUGGGCACCAUGGCUUCCUUGGCCCUUCUGAGCAGCGGCAUUCGCGCGAGGACGGAGGCCAAGUGGCUCGGAGGCCGAGAGGUGCAGAGAGAGAGAGAGCCCCAACCGGAGGAGAUUCCGCAGAGCCGCCGCGACUCCUUACACUCAGACAGCUUCUUAGAGAGCCGCAUCCAGUGCCCCCCCAAGCAGCAGCAAUUCUCGGAAAUACUUCCUGGCACUCCGUUGGAGGGUGGCUAG